AUGUAUUUACGGUUGAUUAUGGAUCUCACUGAUGUCGUCUCAGAAGCAACCAAAUCCACUAAGCCUACGAUCAUUGGCCUCUAUGGCGCUUCUGGAAGCGGAAAGUCGCAUUUACUUGAGCAGCUCAGAAGCGGCACCGGCUUUGGCGUCUUCAAGAAGAAAAGAUUCGCCCUCUUCGAGAGCUCGGCGCUCAUCGGAAAAGUCGUGGACGGCGGACUAGCGGCUUUCAACCAGCUGAGCCAAGCGGACCAACACGACGCUCGUGGCCGAGCUAUCUUGAAAACUGCUGCUACAUGCGUGAAAUCGAGAAAGACAGGGGUUAUUGCUGCCAACUACAUGAUGUGGGAGAACGAACACGACGCACCAGAGAUACUAUGGACAUCGAAAGAUUCGGAAACGUACACACACACCGUAUAUCUUAACUUCGAUGAAAUAUGGAUCUCGAAGCGCAGAGAAAGGGAUGCCGAGAGCAAGCGAACGGCCGUUUCGGCGCAGCAGAUACGAAAGUGGCAACAAAGGGAGAUGCAAGAGCUCCGCGAGAUUUGUCGUGAGCAUGACAUCUUCUUCACUUCCCUGACCGACAGCAGUCCCACUAUUUGGGAAGCACUGGGACAGCGCAGUACCGGGAAUCAACUCGCGACUCUUCUGGACGAUAUUCACACCUACGACGAAGCCAAGAAUACCAAUGCAGUUAACCAUCCUAUUGACACUGCGUGCGCCUCUUACCCAAGUACAAAGACAGUGCUCUUACUUGACGCUGACAAGGUACUGGCACCCGAUGAUACUAGACGGCUCUUUUGGGAGGAGACGGAUCUUCUUACGGGCACUACCGAAUGUCCUUUGAACCAGACUUUUGCGGCUUGGGGACACUCGUAUGCCUCGUAUCGCCAGGCCAUGUUGACCUAUGAAGAGAAGGCAGAUGAUUACAAUGCCAUAUGUAGUAGGAUCGCCGCCAGGGUUGAGAUGCAUCCUGAGAUGAUCCAACUCCUCAAACGUGUCCGCAAGGACCCGUACGUAAAGGCUUUUGUCCUCACAACCGGUCUUCGAGAAGUGUGGGAGAUGGUGUUGAGGAAGCACGGCUUCGACGAAGACGAAUUUAAAGUCAUAGGAGGUGGACGACUUCCGGAGGGCUACGUGGUGAACGGAGCCAUAAAAGGCGCUGUAGUCGACCUUCUACACGAGAAAGACCUGCGCGUAGUAACCUUUGGACAAAGUAUACUCGACAUUGAAAUGUACGAAAAGGCAGACGAAGUAUACCUUAUUGCAGGAGGAGUCAUAACCAACAGCUUGUCAGAGGAGAAAGCACUCACCAAAGCCAUCACUGAAAACCGCAUAUCUGCCUUGCGCAUUCUCCUCCCCUCCGCCAUCGACCACCGUCUCGACUUCGAUACACUUCCAAUAGCCACCUUGGACAACAAAGAACUAGGCCACAUUUUCCGGCACAGCAAAGAUCCAGCCACCCGUGUCCAUCACGCAACCCCCAAACCUUCAGCAAAACUCUUCGUAACGCCGCCGCUCGGCCAACCCCAACCCUAUAGCCAGCGCUUGUAUGAGUUCCACAAGCGCGUAGGUUUCUACCUGGCAAACGAAUACGUCAGCAGCAUCUUAGGCCAAGAACAAAUCUGCAUCCCAGAUGGGCAAGACCCAGAGAGCCCUAGCCACCGCUUCCGUUACGAGAAAGGCACUUUAGUCAAUUCCUUGUCUGACGACGGCGACGCGAUAAGCCUCGGUGUUAGCGAAGCAAUGCCCUGUGCAACCCUCAGUCACGCAAAGCUAUUCUCAGACCUCGACACGGACAUGUUGAAAGGAAAACGUCACGUCAUCCUAGUCGACUCGGUGAUAGAUACUGGAUGGAAUACGGUUAAUUUCAUCAGGCCGUUGCGCAAGCUGUGUCCCCGCAUUCGUAUCGUCGUUGUGGUAGGUGCGGCUAAUCCCGACGCUGCUGAUGUCGAGCCGGAUGCCGUGAAUACUACAAUUACUCACAGGUUUGCGGACGUGCUGAGAGACGACAGUGAGUUAUACGUUGUUGCGCUGCCCAAGGCUCGACUGCAUAGCACGGGCGAAGGGGGCUGGAAUGGUAAUUUGUGGUGGUAUGAGAUGACCAAGUGGAGGAAGGGGUCUUACUAG